UAUCAUUUACAUUUCCGGAUUGGUGUGGAUGUAAACAAUACAGCAUGCCAAGAAUCGUAAGAAAGAAAAGUUUCGACAGAACUGUCGUCAAGAAAUGUCCAAAAUGUGAUCAACAGAUACCAGUGGCCUGCAAACAUUGUCCAUGUGGUCACCAGUUCUCAAAAAAACCAUCAACUCCCACUGAAGAAGAGCAGGCAAGCUUUAAGAUCCGUCGUACAGAACGGACACGGAGGGAAAGACCGGACUUCUUCAACCCAAUGGUACUUGAUGUCCAGGCAAAGCGUGCAAGAAAAAAGUCCCAGAAUUCUCCUCAGGUACAAGUGGUUGAGACACCUCCUCCUCCUCCUCCUCCUCCUCCUCCUCCUGUACAAGUAGAGAAAGAAACACCUAGUCGCAAAAGGAGAGGCAGACCAAAACAAACCCCAACCAAAUCUGUGUCUGAACCAGAAGAAAAACCAGCACUGCCAGUAGAAGAUGAUGUGUUUGUCAAGCUAUGUCCAGAAAAAGCCCUCCAGUUUAGUAUUAUCCUCUCAGAUCUCAACAGGAAAUUUGGCUCCCAGAACUUCCAACCUCUGUGACAGUACUAGUGGUGUGAAUGUGACUAUCGUGUAGAAUGUGGUUAGGAACAAAAGUGUUGUAUGAUGUUGAAAUGUAAGGAUGUGUAAGUAUAAAUAGAAAUACCAGGCAUAGUUAAUGGUUAAAUGUUACUAUUACAUACAACGGGUGUGCAAUUUUAGUUUAUUUCAUGUAUAUAAUUAUGAUAUGAUGAUAUUAUUAUACCUUACUUGAUAUGAAUGAAAGGUAAGAUAUAUGGAUGUGUAAUAAGUUUGAUACUCUAGUGGUAUUUGAAUAAAAGAAAUUUACAUUUAUCAAAAA